UUUCUUAUCGUUUUUCAUCGUCAGAGCAGAAACCUUGGCAUCAAGUUUCGUAAAAUAACACUGAAUGACGACUUUUAUGAGAAGAAUUUCUUUUCACUUUGUGUCUGACUUGGUCUGGCUGUUGCUUUUGAGUUUCACACACGUUUCAAGACAGCAAACUGAUUUUGGAACACGUUGUUUGAAUUUCAAAACACAAAGUAGAAAUUGUGACAGAACGCACGGUCCUCUAUAUUAAAACUCGAAUGGGUUCCUUGCAUUAAGUGCAUAAAACUUGAAGACCACCAACAAAAAGUUGCUAAUAUCUUUUUCUCGUAAAAGUCGGAAAAGUCGGAAAAAGUAAGGCAAUGGAGACUUGAUAUGAUCAGUGCUACAGUUUCCUGGUUAAGUUUGAAGAUGAAACUCUGCCCUCGAUGCAGAAAAUAUCUUCGUGACGGACACCGAGUUGUAUUGGCUCGAAAUGUUUUAAAUGCUAUGACGGGAAAUACUUCAGUGCAACUAUUAAUAUACUGCUUUGGAGAAAAAAGACGAGGGUUAUUUUAAUAUAAUGAGUAGAAGGUCCUUGUCGGCUAAAUUGGUGCUUUAAAAAUGUAACGACAUCACUCCAGGGUAAAAAGUAACGCAAGCGAUAGAAAACGUUCAAAAUUAAUUUUCUGGCUUCGGUUGUUUACUUUGUGGUUUAGCUAGGCGAGACAAUAAAUUUUAAAUUUCAUAACAAGAAAUUAGAGAACUUAAGAUGAAAAUUGUGCCCUUUUUAAAACUGCGUAUUAGCUUUCUUAUACAAGGGUGCCAGUUCAUUGUGCAAAACGACAACCUGUUUAGUUCUUCUGAUGGAAAUCCCCUUCUUAUAUUCAAAACAAAAGUCUUAGUUAGUUCAGCUUUGGUAUGUACGUUUUAAGGGGGCUGGGAAUUUGAAUAUAUAUAUUUUUUAAAAUUGGACGACUCGGGUUUUUUCUUCAUUAAUAAUAAAAUAACAUCAUUGAUGUAAAUAUCGCUGAUGUUAGAGUCACAAGACACUGCUAAAAGAAAGAGAUCGUCAUUACAUGUAAUAUUUCGGGAAAUAUAGUUAUACAUUUUUCUAAUCGUACAAUUAUCAGAAUUUAUUUUCGCCAUUUUAUUAUUCGUUUUAAAUAAAUCAGGACAUGUGUGAUGUUAAAAAAAAAAAUUGGCCAAAGAAAGAACAACAACAUUUUAAUCACGGGAAUGAGCUUCCUGUGGAUACACAUCCGUCUGUCAUUUGCGAGAGAAUUUAGCAGGCCGGGUGCAAGGAGAGACGAUUGUAUUCUUAAGCUAAAGCUUCAAAGAAGAACUUUUUUAGCACCUGGUUCACUUCCAAGCAUGAAAACAAAAAAAAAGUAGAGUUUAUAGAUGAGUCCUGUUGAAGCUUGGAGAUCUUUGGGUCGAAAAAUCCUUGCUAAAUUGUCAUCCAACUUCGAGAAAAGUUGUAACAGAUAGUAAUAUUAUAUCACCUGGCUUACUUUAUGUCAUGCGCAAAUCACAAUAAAAUUGUUUACUUUGGUUUUCACGUUUUCACAUAUCUUCGGUCUCCGAGGAAUUAACGAGAUUAUUCCGGAAAUACCAGUGACAAACCGCCAUUUAUUUUCGAUGUUGUGAUUGGUCACUUAUAAUCACAUGACUCCAACUUUACCUUAUUUGGAAUUCAGUCGUCGGCUUUGGCAUUUUUCCCGCCAACAGGUUGGUAUGUGUGACAACAACACAAACGUCAGAUUCUUGGAUGGAGUUCUUGUGUUAUUGUGCGGAAAUAGUAGUUAAAUGUGGUUAAUUCUGUUUCUUCGCCUUUAGAAUAUAUCUUCCUCAAGGGAAUCUUGGAUAUGGCAAGAUUCAGAGGGGCUUUGUUUGGGAUUUUGAUCUGUCUGCUGGCCGCUUUGGAUUUUUUUCAAACAAUAGCGUUUCGUUGCGGUGAAGAUCAGUUUGUCUGCGCGAAUCUCACAUGUAUACCAGAAAAUUGGCGAUGUGAUGGUGAUGAUGACUGUGGAGAUAACUCCGAUGAGCAAAACUGUCCUGUUACAAAGUGUGAUCUUUCGAGCAAUUUCCAGUGCAGAACUGUUGAUCGUUGCAUUCCUCUUAGAUGGGUUUGUGAUUAUGACAAUGAUUGUGGUGACAAUUCUGAUGAGCCCCCGAAUUGUGCCCAAAGAACUUGUUCAGACAAUGAACAUGCAUGUGGCAAUGGACAGUGUGUUCCAAAACGAUGGCUGUGUGAUCGUGACAGGGAUUGUGAGGAUGGUAGUGAUGAACAAGGAUGUGGAACAAUUUCUUCAGGUAACAAGACGUGUAAAUCCAAUGAGUUUACCUGCGCAAAUGGCAAGUGUAUCACGCACACAUGGCAUUGUGAUUUUGACAAUGACUGCGGUGAUAACUCUGAUGAAACCCAUUGUCCUAACAAAACUUGCAGCCCAACAGAGUUUACCUGUAAUAAUGGACGGUGUAUAAGGAAGGCCUGGCAUUGUGAUGGUGACAAUGACUGCCAAGAUAAUUCUGAUGAGAUGGGCUGCUCGAAUGGCGUUACCAGAUGUAAGCAUGCUGAGUUUCAAUGUGACGAUGGCGGUUGUAUCCAUCAUAGUUGGAAGUGCGAUGGAGAAAAUGAUUGCAAAGAUGGCUCAGAUGAGAGAGGAUGCAGUAAGUUCCAAAGGGAGUGUCAAACUCCUACAUGUAGCCGUUUGACAAUGCUGUGGGUAUGGAAAUGGAAGUUAAGCAAUUUAAGUGUAACUGUGUGUUUGCUUUCAUUUUUAGCUGUUACAAAGUGUGAUCUUUCGAGCAAUUUCCAGUGCAGAACUGUUGAUCGUUGCAUUCCUCUUAGAUGGGUUUGUGAUUAUGACAAUGAUUGUGGUGACAAUUCUGAUGAGCCCCCGAAUUGUGCCCAAAGAACUUGUUCAGACAAUGAACAUGCAUGUGGCAAUGGACAGUGUGUUCCAAAACGAUGGCUGUGUGAUCGUGACAGGGAUUGUGAGGAUGGUAGUGAUGAACAAGGAUGUGGAACAAUUUCUUCAGGUAACAAGACAUGUAAAUCCAAUGAGUUUACCUGCGCAAAUGGCAAGUGUAUCACGCACACAUGGCAUUGUGAUUUUGACAAUGACUGCGGUGAUAACUCUGAUGAAACCCAUUGUCCUAACAAAACUUGCAGCCCAACAGAGUUUACCUGUAAUAAUGGACGGUGUAUAAGGAAGGCCUGGCAUUGUGAUGGUGACAAUGACUGCCAAGAUAAUUCUGAUGAGAUGGGCUGCUCGAAUGGCGUUACCAGAUGUAAGCAUGCUGAGUUUCAAUGUGACGAUGGCGGUUGUAUCCAUCAUAGUUGGAAGUGCGAUGGAGAAAAUGAUUGCAAAGAUGGCUCAGAUGAGAGAGGAUGCAAUCUUACCCCCUGUGGUCCCAAUGACUUUACUUGCACCAAUGGAAAGUGUAUCUAUUUAUAUUUGAAGUGUAAUGGAAACAAUGACUGUUUGGAUAACUCUGAUGAACGGGAUUGUCCUGAACCCACAAAAAACUGUAAAGAUGACGAAUACCGAUGUGGAGAUUCACGCCAAUGUAUUCCGUACAGUAAAGUAUGUGAUGCUCGCUAUGACUGUACUAAUAAAAUGGAUGAGCCCAUGUCUUGCGAUCUUACCUCCUGUGGUACCAGUGACUUUAGUUGCACCAAUGGAAGGUGUAUCUAUUUAUAUUUGAAGUGCAAUGGAAACAAUGACUGUUUGGAUAACUCUGAUGAACGGGAUUGUCCUGAACCCACAAAAAUUUGUAAAGAUGACGAAUACCGAUGUGGAGAUUCACGCCAAUGUGUUCCGUACAGUAAAGUUUGUGAUAAGCGCUACGACUGUGCUAAUAAAAUGGAUGAGCCCAUGUCUUGCGGAAUUGAUGAAUGUAUUGAUCACAAUGGGCAUUGCCAACAGUUCUGCAAUGACACAAAAACAUCUUAUGUCUGCUCCUGUCGUGAAGGCUUUGAAAUAGACAAGGACAACCACAGAGUUUGUCAAGAUGUUGAUGAGUGUAAAAUCCCUGGAAUGUGCAGCCAGUUGUGUUUCAACACAAAAGGAAGCUUUAAAUGUUUUUGCCGAGCAGGCUAUUUCAUGGAACCGGACAAACGCAGCUGUAAAGCAAUAGGUGAACCAGGGUAUUUGAUAUUUGCAAACCGUCAAGAUAUCCGGCGCAUCCUGUUUGACUCUUCAGACUAUACGGAACUAGUACCAGGACAGCGAGGUGCAAUAGCUUUGGAUUACGACUUUGAAAGUGGAUACAUAUUCUGGACAGAUGUCAGUAAUGAAACUAUCAAUCGUGCCAAGAUGGAGGAGAACCCCAAAGUAGAUGUUCUGGUUAAAAUAGACUUGGAUACUCCAGAUGGAAUUGCAGUUGAUUGGGUUAACAAGAAACUGUACUGGACAGACACCGGCACAGACAUGAUUGAGGUGGCUGAUUUCAAUGGCACCAAUCGUCUUGAACUGAUUACGACAGGGCUGGAGGAGCCAAGGGCUAUUGUGGUGCAUCCUGCUCUUGGCUAUAUGUUUUGGACUGACUGGGGUGAAACUCCCAAGAUUGAAAAGUGUGGAAUGAAUGGUGAUACCAACACAAGGCAGGUUUUGGUCAGCACAAACAUCCUCUGGCCCAAUGCUCUGGCCGUAGAUUACACCAUAGACAGAAUCUGGUGGGCAGAUGCAAAACUUCACACUAUUGAGUCAUCAGAUUUACAUGGAAAAAAUCGGCGAAUCAUUCUGAGUGAGAAUAUCAACCAUCCAUUUGCCCUGACAAUAUUUCAGAGCCACAUUUACUGGACAGACUGGCAUCACAAUGCAAUCAACAAGGCGAAUAAGUUCACUGGCGAAGAGCGAUCUGUUGUGAUAGAGAAUUUGUUUUCACCAAUGGACAUUCAUGUUCAUCAUCGACAGAGGCAACCAACAGAAAUGCUGCAAAACCUUGUAUCGGGUGCUGAUGUCAGUGGUGUGACAUUUCACUCAUUUUUGUUUAAUAACGAGUUCACAGCUACAAAUGUAGCUGUGAACUCAAGGGACAAUCCAAAUGGAGCUGUGAUGCUGAUUAUUUACUGUUUUGCUCACACAACAACAGGAGAGAAUCCAUGCAGUCCCACGUCAGAGCUUGACAGCUGCAGCCAUAUCUGUUUGUUAGCCCCUAGGGAUAUUGAGAUCUAUCAGGAUGGCUAUUCUUGUCACUGUCCCCCUGGUGUUCAGCUGCUUUAUGAUCAGAGAACCUGCAAUACAACAGUACACAUUUGUACAAAAAGAUGUUCACGGUAUUACACAGGAAGACACUGUCAAGUAAAUCGCAACUUGCCAGUACCUCCAACGCCAACCACUUCUGCAACUAGCGAUGGUCUUGGAUGGCGACAAGGCCAAGAGGAAGAGGAUAUUGGUGUGACUGUAGGUAUUUCAGUAACAGUUGUGAUACUCAUCUUAGCCGUUGGAGUUCUUGUUGGAUGGCUGGUAUACAAGAGAAUACAAAGAAAAUUACUUCUUUGCAGAUGUUCACGGUAUUACACAGGAAGACACUGUCAAGUAAAUCGCAACUUGCCAGUACCUCCAACGCCAACCACUUCUGCAACUAGCGAUGGUCUUGGAUGGCGACAAGGCCAAGAGGAAGAGGAUAUUGGUGUGACUGUAGGUAUUUCAGUAACAGUUGUGAUACUCAUCUUAGCCGUUGGAGUUCUUGUUGGAUGGCUGGUAUACAAGAGAAUACAAAGAAACAGUCGUAGAUCAAUGAACUUUGAUAACCCUGUGUAUAAGAAAACAACGGAAUCUACUAGCUCACUGGAUAGAAUUAGUAUACACUUUGGACAUUCACAUGGAAAGUGUCAGUCAUUAUUGGGAUCCUUCAGAAAUGAAGUAGAAGUGAGCAAUUGCUAGCAUUUCCAUGGAUAUCCUGUCAGCAAAGGUCAAUUCAGUUGCAUGAAACUGUCACAAAGUUUGGUUUCUCAUUUAUUUAUAUGCUCUUCAAAUAUUGGAUUGACUGACACCUUGUGAGCAGAAGUUUUUCCUCAUCUGUCACCAAUUAUCCAAUAACCAUAGAAGAGUGGGAGCGUUUGGAGAAGCACAUCACUCCUGUCAGUCUCUUGAAAUAAAGAAGGAACCUUUGCUGACUGGGUAACAAUUCUUGUCCUAGGUUAUCAAAUUGAGAAGUAUAUAUAAUAUUAUGUAACUAGUUAUAUAGUUUUUCAUAAGCCCAUCCUGGUGAUGGUAUGGCUUCACAUUCAGAUGCGUAAUUAUAUUUAAAUUAUAAUUCUACAUUUAGGGUCUCAGUAUUAUUUGUCUGUUUAGAACCUUUCAUUUAGGGUCUUUCUGAUCUUCAUGUAAUGUGGUAUUACAUGAAUUUGCUUUUUUUUUAAUAAUCUGGUUUGUUUCUUCUUGGAUGUGGGAAGGGUGGGAAUGGAGUAUUCAUUGAAAUAACCGCUGUUGCAAAAGUGAAAUAUAUGGUUCAUACCAACAGACAAAUAAUGCUAAAGAACUGUUCAGUGAGUCGAGAUCCAAAUCAGCUUGUGCAUGUGCAGAAUCUUGGUUGUUUACUGUUGUUACUCGAAGAAGCCUGCCUUGAUUAAGCACCACCCUUGUAAAUAUCAAAGCACUGUACAUGGUAGCUCCUGGAUAUGCUCCUGGAUCAGAUAAACAGCGUACCACUGAAAAACAACGCAGUGUUUGUGUGUACAGAGUAUUGGAUCUUGGCUCUUUCCAUUGACAACUUUCAAAAAACCUUCCUUAAAAUAAUUAAUAAUUGAUCUAAGGAAAUUUAAUUAUCCCUCGGUUUUCCCUGUUUCUGCACUUCAUUUUAUCUGUCUUGAAACUGUGUAGUUCAAGCAAUGCUUUGAACGUUUUGGCUGUACAAAGUUAGAGUUUAUAUCCCUGUUACACAUCUACCCACACAAAAAAAAAAAAGUUUUGUAAAUUUAUGUAAUUUUGCCAGCCAUGAGAUAAUUUCUAAUGAUCAAACCCCCUGAAUAUAUAUCUAUACAUAUAUAAUAAAUAUUUUGAUGUGGUUGGUACACUGUAUUCUAAUGUCAAAUUUAUUAAUGUAAGUGCUGACUUUGAAAAUGUUUGAGGAAGGUUGCUGUGUUAUUUAUUAAAUGUAUCGUAUAAGAGGAUUAUAUUGAGCAGUAGCCUAUAGCAGGCUGUAUUUUUGUUUUCUACAUGAAUAUUUUUCAAGAAAAAUUAUACCGCAUCAAUCAUGUCAUUAAGCGCAUUUCAGUGUACCUGUAUACAAAAGAAAAUCUUUUCCUCUAUUUUUGUUAGUUUUGCUGAGCUGUAAACCUGCUUGAAAUCUCCACAGAGCAUUUUGCAUUCGAAAUGUGUGCUGCAUUCAUUUUGUGGAUAAAAUAUCAGUUAAAUUGCACCAGAUGUCAAUUUGUGUGCAGUUUUCCAGAGGAACAGACUUGAGCAUUGGGAACAAUGUGACACUGGUUUGGGUUAUUCGAGAUUUGUACUCUUGGUUAUUAUUAUUUCAUUCUAAAUGUCCUUAGAAAAAAUGUUAAGCAGGUUUUAACUUUGCAAUUGUUCUGUGCACAUUUUUGACUAAGAAAAGCAGACGAAAAGAUUAUUAUGCGGUCUACACUAAACAUGCUAAACUGUAAAUGUGUAAAUAGAAAGAUGAAUAACCCUGACAUUUGGAUGCCAUUUGUAUAUUUUGCUAAGAAAAAAAGUGAUUUUGCUUGACAUUCUCCAGUCUUAAUAUUGUGGAGGACGUUUGACAUUGUCAUAAUUUAAUGUUGAUAAGAAUCAUUGUCAUCAAGACCAUAUCAUGUUAAUCGCUUGAUUCUGGUUUCUGUUUUGAGAUUAUUAAGCUACUCAUAAGUUCUGUACAUUGAAAUUCAGGAUUAGUUUGUCCCAGGUAAUGUUUGGUAGUUAAUAUCCUCAGGAUAGAGUAAUGUUAGACUUUGUAAUUGCACAGAUUCACUAUUUCUUUGUUAUUUGAAACUCCUUUUCAUGUUUAUAGGAUUUUAACAAUAGUCAUGUUAGAGAAACCUGAAGCUCCAAUAUCACCAUCUGAAUUCUCCUUACCAUCCUAUACGUUGCUAACAGCAUAAGUCGGGAGAAUUUGUAAAUAGUGCAUGGUCUUUGGAGCUGAAGGGAUUCGAAACUUACUCUUACAACUUUACCUUACUGGUUAAAUCUUAAGCUUCUGGAGAGACAGUAACUCUCUUGAAAGGUUAUUCUUAAGAUCAACGUGAAGUCUUAUUACGUUUUGGCAAUUCGGGUUAUUUUGGUCUGUGAAGUUAGGUCAGCACUUUAUAAGGGGACUCAAAAACUGCAGGAGGUCCCUUCUUUUGUAUGAGAUUUAAUUUUUUUAAACCUACUUCAGAACCAUCUGUAGAUACUGGCUUAAUUUUCAUUCGCAGGAUUAGGUUGUAGUCUAUUCAAUUAAAAUUUUGUAACACGAACUCUACAUUCAGCGUGUAAAGUAGGUUUUGUUCAACAUGAUCAGUUAAAAUGUUACUUCAUGGUCUUUUCACUGAAUUGACCACUUAACAUUAUCUUUAGAGUUUGUUUUGGAAUGUUUUAAGCACGGUAAUUUGGAUGUUAGCAGUAAGAAACAAAUAACAUAUAAUCUGCUCAUAUUUAAAAUGUAGAAAAUUUGUUCUCUUUUUUCCUGUUUGUACAGUAGAUAUGUAAAUAGUCCAGAGAAGUUAAAAAUUGCCAAUACCUUUGUACUUUGGCAAGUAUCUAAUAAAAUUAAUGCUAUUUAUAGAAA